UUCAGCAGAAGCAGGGACGAAUACAGAACAAAUUUUGUGUGUAUUUGUAACUAGGGCACCAGAGCAAUAGAGGAAGCCAAAAUGAGCCGGAAAAGCAAAAGGAGUUUAAAGGAGAAAUUUGCCUUGAAGAACAGCUUGGCUAAAGAAGCCCUCUCAGAAUUCCUGGGAACUUUUAUAUUGAUAGCACUUGGAUGUGGGUGUGUGGGACAGGCUGUCCUUAGCCGAGGAGUCCAUGGUGGGCCCAUGACAAUAUCAAUUGGAUUUGCAAUGGCAGUCACCAUAGCAGUGUAUGUGUCUGGAGGGGUUUCUGGUGGUCACAUAAACCCAGCCGUUUCAUUAGCCAUGUGCGUGACUGGAAGAUUAAAAUGGACCAAAUUACCAAUUUACAUAUUAGCACAACUCCUGGGAGCAUUCAUUGGAGCAGCAGCUGUCUUUGGGAUUUAUUACGAUGCCUUUAUGGAGUAUAGCAACGGAACACUUGAAGUCAUAGGACCUAAUGCAACAGCACAUAUCUUUGCAACAUAUCCAGCUCCCUAUCUGUCCCUCAUGAAUGGAUUUGCAGAUCAGGUGAUGUCAACAGCUGUUCUUCUUCUGGCCAUAUUUGCUAUUUUUGACACCAGAAAUAACGGCGUACCAAAGGGCCUGGAGCCAAUUGCAGUAGGACUUCUUAUAAUUGUUCUUACUUGCUCCUUGGGAAUGAACAGUGGCUGUGCCAUGAACCCAGCCAGGGAUCUAGGCCCAAGGCUCUUCACAGCAAUUGCAGGAUGGGGGAUGGAAGUAUUCACGGCUGGAAAUAAUUGGUGGUGGAUCCCUAUUGUUGCACCUAUGCUGGGAGGUGUACUUGGAGCAAUGACCUAUAUUGUUUUUAUUGAAAUUCAUCACUCGGAUACUCAGCCAGGAGAAGAAAAUGAUGUGUAUGAUAAAUACGAACUGACUAAUAUGGAGUAAGAAGUGAAGAAUCUUGUCUCUCAUUUUGUUGUGCAACUUUUAUGCAAAUGAUUGAUUGGACCAUUUUCUAGAACUUGUAUGCCUCAAUUAUUCACAUUUCAAAGCAGAAAACCUAUGCAGAAGACAAGUUCAAAACUGACCUCUUUCCGUGAAACAUCAGGCUAAUCAUGGGGAACUUGGAGGUGGGAAAGGUAAAUUGUUCUUUUCAUAUGGAUUUCAGAUCAAGUUAUCUCCUAGGUGAAAUUAGUAAAAUGAUGCACUGACCUGUUAAUUCAACACAUAUGAUCUUAAUCAUGUUGCCUAAUUACCUGAGAAUAGACGAGAUAUUAUUAUGAAACUGCAUGCCCAGGUAGUUAAUUGGUUCAGUGCUGAAUUAAUGUGUAAGAGCAUCUCUCUCUAUAGCCAUUAUUUAAGAAUGGCUUGUCUGAAAAUUAGAAACAAUACCCGAAUUGCUUAAAUGUCAAUUGAAGUAGUUUUAAAUAACUUAUUAAAUUUUUAUGGAUCCACUAAUUGAACAGCAAGAAAUCAACUCAGCAGUGAUGAAGUUUAGUAACUCAGAAUAUGAUCACAAAAGGUAAAAACUGUGUGUGAAUAGAUCAACACUAAAAAGACAAAGCUGUACUUCUGCACAGGUUCUUCGUUGUGAUAAUGUUCAGUUAUUCUUAAACUAUUUACAUUACAUUUAUGCUAUCCAGUAUUAAAAGCCUAACCUAGAAUAUUAAUCUGAACCUCUUCCACUGUGCUUUCUGGAUAAAAUUAAUUCCUGUGGAGAUGGGCCAGCAACAGAGUCUUACACUGUGCAGAGGUCAGCACAAGGCCUAUGUCUGUAUAAGCUUUAAAGAGGACUUCAGCUGAUGAUCUACAUUGGGUGAUUUAAUCUGCUUUGUGGGAGCAAUUUUUAUUUUGGUAGCAGUAAUUAAAAUUAUAAACUGAUCUCAGAACUAGUUGUAGAACUGAAUUCCCCAAAAAAGGCCAGAUCCACAUCAGAGUUCUGGAGAUAUAGGUUUUCUCUCACUAAGGAGAAGUGGUUGGACAUACACCGCUUUCUUAAUAUCCAGCCUUGAAAAAUGAAAUUAUUUCUGUUUAAUCAUUGUGAAUUGAAUGUAUUCAAUUAAAUCAAAGUUCAUUUCUAAUAUAUACAUACAUAUAUGGUUGGUGGCAGUGAUCAUGAAUAAAUACAUGUCCUAUUCAGUGACGUUCCUGAGCUAUUUUCAUGGCAAAACUUCAGGGUACCAGUUGAAUGCACUCAUUUUAGUGUGCUCUUCCUUUUCAAUUCCUAGAACUCUGCUCCCCAGAAUUCCACACUAUUUUCUGAUUUCACUCCUAAAGGGAGGAACCCUUCAUGUUGCCAGUAACAGCCUGUGUACUUUGGUGAGGUAACCACAAUAGUGGUUUAGAAAAUACUGUGGUCAGAAUCUGCCUCAGCAUUUGGGCAGAUCAGGCCUGUGUCACUACAUGUCUUUAUCAUGCUCCCUGGUAUGCCAAGCGAAUUCAUAGCAGCAAAAGGGUAGAAUUAGCAGGUCAAGCAAAGUUUUGCUUGCUGCAGCUGUAAGUCAGAUGCUGCUGUAUACUCAAGGGAGUACAAUUCCAAUUUUAAUUACGUUUUUGAAGAAAACUUACAAAACAGUAACGAACUCGGGUUGACUAGAGACCAUAUCAGCCAUGUGCAAAAUGCUCAUUUGAUUCAGCAUUUCUCUGCUGUGGGUUAAAAACCGAUACAGCUGCAUUAUAUCAUUAUCUGGAGAGCAGCAAUGGCAAGAAGGGAGCAUUUACAGAAUCACUCCUCAAUCUGAGCAGAGGCGGAUACAGGAGAAUCAACAGUACAACGUGGAAAUUAUUCCUAACUCUAGGCCUUAUAUUGGCAGCACAUACAAGCUGUCCUGUAUAUUGAUGAAUUGCAUUACAUAAAAUAAGAUGGUAUGUAAAACCAAUUGCAGACUGAGGCUCCUUUUGCUCCCCCUUGCAAUGAGCGCUGUCACCCUUCGGUGAUACCUGGCAGGAGCACUCCUAGGUGUCUGCCAACCAUCUGUGUCUGGAGAGGGAUUACAGAGGUAGAAACAGUCAGACGGCUACCCUCAGAUCUGAAAGGCACUUCCUCUUCCACUGAUGCCAACAUCUAACAUGAAAUAUCUGUGCAGAAAAUAGACAGCUAAGUAACCAGAAGUAACCAAUUUUGUUCAGAAUGGUAGGGGCAGGUUAUCACUUAUUGUGCUACAAUUUUGCAUAGUCAGUUCGUUUUAUAUGCCUCAUGAUAUUGCUUCCUUUAAUAUAUCAUGAAAAACGAGAGCAAAAGCAGAAUACAUCAAGAAUGAGAAAGGGACAGUUUAUUUAUACAACCUACUGAGCAACCAGCUCCCAAUUACUGUGUGUCUGUGCAUUGGUCAAUGUACAUAAAGUUGUACACUUUCUCAAAAUCCUUAUGAUCACGAUAGAUACUGCCUGUAAAUCAAUGUGAAAUCUUUUUUCUCCUACUUAUGCCAUUCCUAUGCACUGAAUUUCUAAAAAAGUGAUAUUUACUCAUCUGAAGUUAUCAACAUGCAAAACAUAAACAGUGACACACUAAUGUGAUAACAUAGCAAUAUCUAAAAUACGCUCUCAACAAGUUGUUGUCAAUUCUGUGUUUGCUUAAAGAACUUAUUUUUAAAUUUUUAUUAACCAUUACUUAUGUUUGUAAAUUCUUUGAAGACACAUGGUACUAAUAUCACAAUUCAUCCUGACUUCACAAAAGCCAGAAUUUCAUUCAGGAAUAAGGUGUUAUAGACCUGUCUCAGAUUUUACAUAAUUUACAUUUGUAAGUGUAAGAAUUAAUUCCUGCUUUAGGGACAAAACUCAGGUGAGUCUUAACUACAGAACCAUGAACAUCUCCAGAAUAUAAUGGGAACAAUAAUAAUCAUCUCAUGCCAUACGUUUACACAGACAUCAUGAUCUGUUUAGUGCAAAACAAACAAGUAUUUUUACUUUGCAUAAACUAUGCAAUUUUCUAAUAUCAACUGAUAUUCAGUGGUCACACAUGUUGAAUUAAUAUAAUACUAUUGACAACAAGAAAUAGUUUUUCAAACUGUAAGAUAUUCUGGUUAAUGAAUUAAUAUUAUUUCAGGCUUGAUUGUUUUAAUGUUGAAAAAAAAAAUCAUUUUGAGAGCAUUGCUCAACUUUCAACAUGUGUUUGUUCUUUGUCUUUUUUUGGGCAAAGUGUUUGUUCUUUAGAGCUAAACUUAGUACUGAAGUAAUUUGGAGAGUGAUCCUGCAAAUAGUACUGGGUUAAAGGUUGGCUACUGCAUGUCGUUUCAUAGAAGCCAGUGGAAUUAUUCACAACGGGAGGCAAUACAGACAAGGAUAAGUGCUCAGAGAAUCGAGCUCAGAGUGUAGUGGAAACUGUACUUUCUUGUAGUUUUGACUGUGGAUCUGGAUGAGUGUGUUGUGGUUAAAAAUAAAGAGUCAAUCCUUA